UUGGAGCACAAUGAAUUGGAUGCAGCAACAAAAGCACGCUACGAGAAGCAAAUAGAAAUUCUGGAAUCCGUCUGUGCGGAAUACGAGAAGGAGGAAGCGAGCAGUGCGCAUGAGGCAAAACAGCGAUUUGACAGGAUUAGUACACUGAUGAUGCAGCUUCACUCCUACGGAUAUCCGCCAGAGGAGCUGGUCGGCGAAACACCACCUGGCUGGAUCACCGAUCCGCAGACCGGUUAUCCUCGUGUUGAUGAUAUCACAAAAGCUGCCGAAGCUUGCUCACUUAUGUAA